AUGGCACUUAACGAUAGCGAGUCAGACUUGACGUUUGGCGUGGAAUUAGAGGCGAUCGGGUUCUUUCGAGUUCUAAAUGAGGGAGACGACGUCAAUGAUUCCUUUAUACGCGACGCUUGGCCUGGAUAUAUACUCGUGCCCUACGAACUGGAACACAGAGCAGGUAUUUAUGCGGUACAACAAAUGAUUGAUAUUUUAAGGUCUCAUAAUGUGGAUAUCAACAACUUCGAUCACUCGGUAGUGGGACCACCGUAUCCAAGUCCUCCAUCGGCAGAACCUACCAGACACUCACCUAACUGUGCUAACCCUCUCUAUCAUCGAUGGACUCUGAAACGGGAUGCGUCCGUUAGGCUACUACAAGAUGUGGACGAUCACAUGUCCGAUAUAACCGACUCCCUUAUUGACAAUCCUGGCCGACGAGUUGGGUACCUGGCUUUGGAGCUUAUCAGUCCCGCCGUUAAAGCAUCAAGCGUUGAUGAUAUGGUCGAAGUCUUCACCGUCAUCGAGCAUUUCCAGGGACUCUUCAAGCUUCAUGUCAACAGUACGACUGGUUUGCACGUUCACGUCGGUAUGGGCCGCCGAUGGUUCACUGCCCAGUGGCUCAAUCAGAUUGCCGCUCUGACCUGGGCCGCCGAUGCGAUCCUAACCUAUGUCCAUCCUGACCAUCGGCGGAACAACCAUUAUUGCAUGCGCAAUCGCAUACAUUCUCAGCUUGCGGCUGGCAUGACUGCAGCGCAGGCAAUGGACGGUGCAUCAAGCAGCUUCGUGUAUGUGCAGGGGAGUCCAUGUCCAACUACAGAGGAGGGAGCAUGGGAGAUUGGUAGAUGCAACACAUCAAAUCAAAUUGGCCGCUUGAUGCAUGUCCCCCCAGCCAUGGGGCCUGCCUACAAUUUUGACAACUACUUUCCUGAACCGAGUCGUAGAGGAGGCAAAACAACCAUCGAGUUUCGACAAGCAGCUGGAUCCAUUAGUCCAGAAUGGGUGUGUCAUUGGGCGGCUAUCUGCAUAGGUGUUUGUCGUUAUGCCAUUUUCCACAUGGACUGGCAGUUCUUCGAUCACACGCUUGUGGUACGAUGUGAUAGUGUUGACGCAGGAACAGAGCCGUUCAAUGAACCGCUCGAUAUUUUCUUACGAGAAAUAGGUUGCGCGGCGAGUAGCCUUUUUAUCAUGGCCCAUUCCCACGAUCAGAGACUCAGUCGCAAUGGUCCGACGAUGGAUCCUCAACCAGGACCACGAGCACGGAGACGGAGACGACGGCCAGGCCCCGACCUCUUAUCAUAG